AUGAAAUAUGAAGAAAACAUAUCAAAAAAUUCAAUUAUCAAGUCAGAAAUUAAUUUAUCUCUUCAUAAAACUAGAGAACUUGUUACAUCUUGGAUGAACAAAUCUGAAAAUAAAUUAGACUUUAAAGAGGAAAAAGAAGAUAUUAAUAGUGAGGAUGAAGAGCUUUUUAGAAGUAGAAUACAAAAAAGGCAAGUUUAUGAUACUGAAUUAUCAGAAGAAAAAGCAUUGUUAAGGAAGAAAUUAUCAUUGUUUAAAAGUAAAAAACAAAAAGAUGAAGAAGAGAAGGUUGAAAUAUAUGAUGAUAGCGAUGAAUUUGAAAGUAAAAGUAAAUAUAUUGAAAAAAUUUCAUUAAUAAAGCAAUCAAAAGACUUUUCUUAUGGAGAUAAUGACAAAAAGAGAGCGAAUUCAUUUUUUGAUAUAUAUAAAAGUAAAAAGAAAAAGAAGCAUAAAUCAAAUCAAAAAUUUAAAUAA